UUCUUCAUUGCGCAGCCAAGAUAGAUAGCUAGCUAGAUAUCCUUCAUUAAUUCCAUGGGAUCGUACGUUUCCAUUUUAAUUUCUACCUUUCAAACUUCUUUCUUUCUAUUGAGAUCCAUCUUGAGCAUCUUGUUAUUCCUCUCUUCAACAACCCCACCAUCAUCAAAUUAUCAAUAAAUCAUGAAGGUCCUAUUACUCUUACUCUUACUUGUUCAGCUUCUUAAGCGGUUCCGUGGAGUCUUGAACAAAUUCCGCGGUGUUCCAUACUAUGCAUCUUUAAUUUCUUUUCUUUCUUUUUGUGAAGUUUAAGGUAAUUCUUAUUUCUUAGAUUAAUUUAUUCAUUGGCAUCCUAACUAGUUUCUCUUGGCUUUGCUUUUCAGGAUCUGCCACUAUCAUAGAAUGAAAACCUGUUCAUCGGACACAUAUUGAAACAGAUCAAGUGGUUAGUAUAAAAAGGAGGUUUGAUUUGUACGGACAGACAGGCUCACCAAAAAGGGAAUUCUGACAGAACAUGGCAACGUACUUUCAUGGAAAUACAUCAUCAGAAAUCGAAUCCUCAGCAGAAGGGUUGCAGACACUUUACCUUAUGAACCCAAACUACGUACCUUACUCUGACGCGCCCAACAUGCUCCUCGUUAAUCCCAAUACUAGUAUUGCUGCUGCUGGUACUUCCGCCAACGCGCUCAACCUCUCCAACUUCUCCCACGCGCCUCCACCUUCUUCAGCAAAUAAUCACCGCCAUCAUCAACAACAACAACAAAACCACCUAGUUGGGUUUACCAUUCCUUCCUCAAACAUCCUUGGAUCCACCACCACUAACACCACUACUGGCAACUCAAACCAUCUCGGACAGCACGGGAUCUCCGGCGGCUUCCAGAGCUUUGCAGCCACCACCACACCAGCAGUGGUGGCUACAAACCCACGUGCUCACUAUAACUUGUGGGGUUCGAUAAUCAAUCAAACCAUGUCAUCUGUGACAACUGCGGCAGAAACCACUCCGAGCAACAAUUCAGCGUACUCUGCUGCAGUCACCGUGGCAGAUGACUCUGGUUAUAAUAAUCGUGGUAAUCAGCAGAGUGGCCUGUCGCUUAGUCUUUCAUCGCAACAACCAUCUUUUAGGUCACUCUCCGGUGGUGAGAUUGGCGUUCCGGAAAGCCGUAGCGCUGGCAAUGGAGUUAUUUUGGGAUCCAAGUAUUUGAAAGCCGUACAGGAGGUUCUAGAUGAAGCUGUGAAAGUGGGGAAGGAAAUUUGUGAAGGGGAAUCUAUGGAGGGGGCGCCUAAGAAUAAUAAAGAGAAGAUGAGAGCGAAUAUUGAAUCUGAAACUUCUGGGAUCGGUGAAAACAGUGGAAGUAACAAGCAAGGAGCUGAGCUAAGCAUGGCACAGAGACAAGAGCUUCAGAUGAAGAAGUCCAAGCUCGUGAGCAUGCUCGAUGAGGUAGAGCUAAGGUACCGACAAUAUCACAACCAAAUGGACAUGGUGAUAUCAUCAUUUGAGCAAGGAACGGGGUAUGGGGCGGCAAAAUCAUAUACAACCCUCGCCUUGAAGACCAUUUCAAAGCAAUUUCGAUGUCUGAAAGAUGCAAUAUCUUCACAGAUUAAGACAGCGAGCAAGACAUUGGGUGAUCAAGAUGAUUGCUUAGGAGCCAAGGUUGAAGGUUCCAGGCUUAGGUAUGUUGACCACCAUCUUCGGCAGCAACGGGCGUUGCAGCAGCUCGGAAUGAUCCAGCACAAUGCUUGGAGGCCCCAACGAGGCUUGCCUGAACGAGCUGUUUCCGUUCUUCGUGCUUGGCUUUUUGAGCAUUUCUUGCACCCCUAUCCUAAGGAUUCCGAUAAGGUUAUGCUUGCAAAACAAACUGGACUUACUCGGAGCCAGGUGUCUAACUGGUUUAUAAAUGCCCGAGUUCGGCUGUGGAAACCAAUGGUUGAAGAAAUGUAUUUGGAAGAAAUCAAGGAGCAAGAGCAGAAUAAUGAUAACACAAAUAGAUCAGCAAAAGAUCAAUCAAGCAAGGAGUUAUGGUCAGCAUCAGCAACUAAUGCUACACAUGAAUCAUCAUCAGGUGCCUUAAAACUUGAUCAACAGAUUAAUUCCUUUCAUUCAAAACCAGAAAGAUUAAUCAACAACCAAAACACCUCUCCAACUGAGAUCUCAAAUUCUGAUAACAAUUCACUGUCAACAUCUCCCAUGGGAGGAGGAUCAUUUCAAUCCCAGUACUCUGGCUUCCAUCUUGCAGAGUCAUCAUCUGAAAUCCAAAUUAGGAGUAGUCCAAAAAAACCAAGAAGUUCUGAAAUGCAACAACACUUUCCAGGUUCAAUGAACAUGGAAAUGAAACCUGGAGGAGAGGAAACUAGAGAAGCUAACACAGAGUUUGACACUGAAAGGCACAACAAAGAUGGCUACCCUUUGAAGACUAGUGGUGACGAAAACCAUGGUGGGGGUUAUGGAGGAGCAUUUUCCAUGGAAGACAUUGGAAGGUUUAAUGUCACUGACCAAUUGGCUCCAAGGUUCCAUGGAAAUGGUGUUUCACUCACUCUUGGACUUCCCCAUAAUGACAACCUUUCUCUCUCUGCAACACAGCAUGGGUUUCUCCCACAGAAUAUGCAUUUGGGAGGGAGGCUUGAAAUGGAAACCAAUGAAAAUGAGUUUUGUGGCAUCAAUAACACUACUGCUCCACCUUCUUCUCAUUCAGGCACCAGUUAUGAGAACAUUGAUAUUCAAAACAGAAAGAGAUUUGCAGCACAAUUAUUGAGGAAUUUUGUGGCUUAAGAAUUGGGAUUUGAUUUUCUGCAGUCAAUUUUUCCUAAAUUCGCUGCAGUCAGAAAUUCAUAGCCGUUGGAUCAGGAUCAGACGGCUUUUCUCAUAUUUAUAGAAAUCACAGCUCUAUAUUUGUUGAAUAUGGAAAUUUAAAUUUAAACCAUCCCAUCUUGAUCGAACGGCUAUCGAGCUAGGAUUGCAGUUAAUUUAGGAAAAAUUGCGUGCAGGUACCGAAUCCUAAGAAUUGAUGAUAGGGUAUGAUGGAUAUAUCCUAUGAGGAAGUCAAAACUUUAUUUUUCUACUAUUGAAAUCCAAAAAAGACAAAUUCAGUUGAGAGGGUUUCUCUAAGCACACUAUGAUUUAUAGCAGAAGGACUUCAGCUAGCAUCUCCUUUGAAAAGAAAUGGAGAUGUCUAUGUGCUUGUACAAACCCAAGCAACGCUUGUGUUACAUAUGAUCUACACUCAUAUUCCUGGCAUGGUUGAUAAUACUUGCUCCAUUUAAAAGAUGGAAACCAGGGUGUGAUUAUAGAAAAAUUUGCUGAGAAUUCAGUUCUAUAUGUAUUGAGUUUGUUUAAUUAUAAGAUUCAAGGUGUAUUGUAUAUGGGAUUGGAAAGUAAUGUGGUAUACAUAGAAGAAAUUGAAUGAUUUCUUUGAUAGGUAAUGUAUAGAUAUAUUGAGAUAGGAGUUUGAUUCAUUUUCACACUUUUUUCUCUUCCAUCUCAUUUUCACUUCAUUUUUCUUUGUAUAUCUAUCUUCUUUUGCUAUCACAUCAGAUAUCUUAUGUCUCA